AUGACAACUGAAAAUCCAAACUAUAAACCAAUUCCUCCAAGAGAAAUUCAAGUUACUUUAGGUAAAGGAAUAUCAGCAACAUUUGCAAUUCCACGUGCAUUUGAUUCAAAAAACCCUUUCCAAGAAGGACUUCCUCCAGUAACUCAUAAAGCAGCGUUAAUCUUACAUGGACAAGGAGGUCAUAGAAAUUAUUGUUAUCAAAAAUUGAUUGCUCAUAGAUUAGCUGCUGAAUUAGGAAUAUUUUCACUUAGAAUUGAUUUUAGAGGAUGUGGAGAAUCUGCCGAUAAUGAAGAUGAAUUACAAGGAAGACAAUUAAGUCAAGAUGUUGAAGAUAUUCAAGCUUGUGCUGAAUGGAUCAUGAAUGGGAAAUUAAACCCCCUUGGGAUUCAUUUAACUUUAUCUACUGUCAUUGCUCAUUCUAGAGGUGCUGUAGCUAUGUUUCUUUGGGCUCAAAAACAAGAUGAAUUAGUUAAACAAGGUAAUCCAAAUGCAAUUAUUGUUCCUAAUUUAAUCAACUGUGCUUCAAGAUUUACUUCCAAGACUGUUUUGAAUAGAUAUAUGGACUUAAAAGGAGUCGACUAUUUGCCAGUGAAAAUGCCUAGAUAUGGUAAAAUUCAACAAAUGAAAUUAGCAGCAAGAGAAAUAUUAUCACUUGCAGAACCUGAUUUAACUCAAUUGUGGAAAUUAUCUCGUGAUUGGUCGGUCUUGAGUGUUUAUGGAACUGAUGAUCAUAUUGUCCCAAGAUAUGAUUGUUCAAAUUUCGCCAAUACUUUAAAUCGUGGUAGAUAUUCCCAUGAAUUAAAAUUAAUCCCUGAUGCUGAUCAUAAUUUCUAUGGUGUACAUGAAAUUAAUACCAAGGAUGAUAUGGAAGAUUUUAAUCCUGGUAAUUUACCUUUAAAAGGAAAUAAAGUCAAUUUUAAUGUUCUUGUAACUGAUUAUAUAAUAGAUUAUUUACAACCAGCUAAUGAAAUGCAAAGAUUCUUAAGUAUAAGUAAUGUGAUUGGAAAAGUUGCAAGAUGGAAAGAUGUUGAAGGUGUGAAUAAUUUUAGAGAUAUUGGUGGUUGGAGAAUUCAUAAUCCAACUUUCAAAUUGGAAACCACAACAACAGGAGCUUCAUCCAAGGAAGGUCAUGUGAAUUAUUAUGUUAGACCUCAUUUAGCUUUCAGAUGUGCCAAUAUUGCCGGGUUGACUGAAAAUGGAUUAAAAUCAUUAAAGAAAUUAGGUAUCAAGGCUAUAUUUGAUUUACGUUCUGAUGGAGAAGUAGAAAAAGAUGGAUUCCCACAAGGAUUAGAAAGAUAUGGAAUCAAGAGAAUUCAUUCUCCAGUAUAUUCAAAAGAUGAUUAUUCUCCUGAUGCAAUUGCAAUUAGAUAUUCCAAUUUAAUGACAUCUUGGUCAACUUAUGUUCAUGUCUAUGAAGAUAUGUUAGAACUUGGAACUGGUGCCUACAAGAGAGUAUUUGAAUUUAUUAGAGAUGAAAAUCAACCACUUAUUUUCCAUUGCACUGCGGGAAAAGAUAGAACUGGAGUAUUAGGAAUGUUGAUCUUAUUAUUAGCUGGGAUUGAUAAGGAUAUGAUCCGGUUCCUUAUACUUAAUUGUUGUCAACCUAAUUCUGGACUAGUAGGUCAUAAUUGGGGGAAAUUUAAACAAACAGUUAAGAAAUUAAGAGAAAAAUAUGGUGAUAAUAAUGAUAUUGAAGUUGCUAUAUCUCAAGGUAGAAAGAAUUGGAAGAUUGAAGAACAUGGAUUUGAGAAUUUGGUUAGUUCAAGAUAUGAAGCAAUGUUGGAAACUAUUAAUGUCUUCCAUGAAAAAUAUGGUAAUAUUGUCAAUUAUAUGAAGGAUAAAUUAGGAUUCUCUCAACAAGAUAUUAUCAAGAUUUAUGAACAUUUAGUAGUUGUUGAUCCUCAAAAUAGUGGAUUUGAGAAUAGUACUCAGGUCAACUGGGAUCAUAGAAAUCUGGGAAGAGCUAAAUUCUAA